UCAAAUACAGUUAAUGGUCAUUGACCGUUGUAUCAGGCCUAGGGCUGAUCUUGCAAACCUUCCUCGUCGGAAAGCGAUGAGCCCUGAUUUAUCGAUUUGAUUUUCCCGGAAAGACUUCAGUUAUCGAUGUCAAAGAGAAGGAUGCUCGAUUCUGUAUCCAAUUUGUUCUUUUUACUUUUGCCACUUUUCAUCCUUCAAUUUUUGUCUGGAAUUUCAGCAAUCAGGAAGGAUAUUGGCUUUCAAGAAAUAAAAAUUUGCAGAAAUACAGUUCAAGGAAGAUUUUUACUAUCUGAUGACAACGGCCAUGUAUGUGAUGCUUUAUCGGUGGAUCCACGGUCCCGCUGCUGUCCUGAGAAAGGAGAGAAAUUCUCUUGUCAUGGAUGCAACCUUCUUUCACAGUGUUGCAAUUCCUAUGAAUUUUGUGUUUCAUGCUGCCUGAAUCCUGCAAGGACACAAGAAGAAGAAGUCAUAAAGCUGAAAAUAGCCAAGCCAACAACUGCAGGGACAUAUGCAGGCAUUUUUGAUUUCUGUGCUGGGAGGUGCCGUCAUAACUCUGAGAGUGUGGUUCAUGAGAAUGCGUAUCUUAGUGAUUUCCAUCAUUGCUAUUCCUUGUCAUCAAAUUCUUCAGGUGCCAAUUAUACAGAACAAGAAGCAAGACUAGUUGGCAUUAAUGUAGUUAUUGGAAGGCAAGGUGAGUCCUGUCAUUCAGCUUGCAAGUCAAAUGGACAAUCAUGCGUCUUAAAUAAGCUUCUGGUGCUUAAUCAUUGCGACGUUAUGCAGAAAUAUAUGAGUUGCAAAGGAACAUGUUUAGCAAGCAUAGGAGCUGAUCAGCCUGCAGAAGUUGUUGACAAUGCUCCUAAACACUUGAAUCCUGGAGCUUGCUUGUAUACUCGAACACAAUCAACGCUUUCCUGUGACGGCUCACAUCAGUAUACCAGAAGACUUUGUCCCUGCGCAUAGUGUUCGACUAUUCUGUCUGGACAACACGCUAAAGCAUGGUGGCCAUUCGUUUAUGCAUGGUUCAGGUUGGCAAAUAUUACUAAAAUGGUACUAAUAUUUAUAGAGAAGCAAAAUUUGUAGACAAACAGAAACAAAGAUAUUCUUGAGUUAUAUUUGUAGUAGCAUAGCAUUGUGUAGAAUAAGAAGUAGAAGAUCAUGUUCAUCACUCUACCAAAAGCUUUGUUGGGAGAUAAGAAGUAGAAGAUCAUAAAGCCCAAAAACUUUGUAGGGGAGAUGAUGGACCUAAGAAAGUUCGUACAAUUCACGGGAGAAUGGUGCAAUUUAAAGAGAGAAAAUUUGCAAGUGUAAGGUUUCAGACCUCAAAUUAGUAGAGUCAGUGUCAGUGCUGACAGAGACCUUAGGUGUUUUGUGAACCAUGAGAAAUGAAUUAUUAAUAAAUAAAUAAAAAGUAAAAAAUAAGUGAAA